CAGCAGCCGCCACCAAGGGAGCCCCGGGACGGCAGCCCCCGGUCGCAGGGCGCGCUCUUCUCCGAGUCCGAGCUGGGGGCACUUGCCUUUCCGCUAGCGCGACACCCACAGCUCGGGACUGACCGGCCGGCGGAGGCGAGGCUGCAGCCGGAGGGCUGAGGAGGGACCGCGCGUACGGGGUCCAGAGGCGGCCGGGCGGAGCGAGGGAGCAGGUUAGAGGGACAAAGAACUUUGCAGACGCCCCCGGCAUCCUGCGGGGAGAGCGGCCCGGACGAGGUGGCCGGGACCCCGGGCAGAGCCCGUGGAUGUUCUGCGCGCGGCCUGGGAGCCGCCGCCGCCGCCGCCGCCGCCGCGAGAGGAGGAAUGCGGCGCCCAGGCCGCCGCGGGGCGCGCCCGCCGCUCCUGGCGCUGCUGGCCGCGCUGCUGCUGGCUGCGCGCGGGGCCGCUGCCCAAGAAACAGAGUUGUCAGUCACUGCUGAGUUAGUGCCUACCUCAUCAUGGAACAUUUCAAGUGAACUCGACAAAGAUUCUUACUUGACCCUUGAUGAACCGAUGAAUAACAUCACCACGUCCCUGGGGCAGACAGCUGAACUGCACUGCAAAGUCUCUGGCAAUCCACCUCCUACCAUCCGCUGGUUCAAAAAUGAUGCACCUGUGGUCCAGGAGCCCCGGAGGAUCUCAUUUCGGGCAACCAACUAUGGCUCUAGACUGCGGAUUAGAAAUCUUGACACCACAGAUACAGGCUACUUCCAGUGCGUGGCAACAAAUGGCAAGAAGGUGGUUUCUACCACGGGAGUCUUGUUCGUCAAGUUUGGCCCCCCUCCCACUGCAAGUCCAGGAUCCUCAGAUGAGUAUGAAGAAGAUGGAUUCUGUCAGCCAUACAGAGGGAUUGCAUGUGCAAGAUUUAUUGGCAACCGCACUGUCUAUAUGGAGUCUUUGCACAUGCAAGGGGAAAUAGAAAAUCAGAUCACAGCUGCCUUCACCAUGAUUGGCACCUCCAGCCACUUAUCUGAUAAGUGCUCUCAGUUUGCCAUUCCUUCCCUGUGCCACUAUGCCUUCCCGUACUGCGACGAAACCUCAUCCAUCCCUAAGCCCCGGGACUUGUGUCGCGAUGAAUGUGAAAUCCUGGAGAACGUCCUGUGUCAAACAGAGUACAUUUUUGCAAGAUCAAAUCCCAUGAUCCUGAUGAGGCUGAAACUACCAAACUGUGAAGAUCUCCCCCAGCCGGAGAGCCCCGAAGCCGCAAACUGCAUCCGGAUUGGAAUUCCCAUGGCAGAUCCCAUAAAUAAAAACCACAAGUGCUAUAACAGCACAGGUGUGGAUUACCGGGGGACCGUCAGCGUGACCAAAUCAGGGCGCCAGUGCCAGCCGUGGAAUUCUCAGUACCCCCACACGCACACCUUCACCGCUCUCCGUUUCCCAGAACUGAACGGAGGCCAUUCCUACUGCCGCAAUCCGGGGAAUCAGAAGGAGGCCCCCUGGUGCUUCACCUUGGAUGAAAACUUUAAGUCUGACCUGUGUGACAUCCCAGCAUGUGAUUCGAAGGGCUCCAAGGAGAAGAAUAAAAUGGAGAUCUUGUACAUACUGGUGCCAAGUGUUGCUAUUCCUCUGGCCAUUGCUUUUCUCUUCUUUUUUAUCUGCGUCUGCCGCAAUAACCAGAAGUCAUCGUCACCGCCAGUCCAGAGGCAACCGAAACAUGUCAGAGGUCAAAAUGUGGAGAUGUCAAUGCUGAACGCAUAUAAACCCAAGAGCAAGGCUAAAGAGCUGCCACUCUCUGCUGUACGUUUUAUGGAAGAAUUGGGGGAAUGUGCCUUUGGAAAGAUCUAUAAGGGCCAUCUCUAUCUCCCAGGCAUGGACCAUGCUCAAUUGGUUGCUAUAAAGACCUUGAAAGACUAUAACAACCCCCAGCAAUGGACAGAAUUUCAACAGGAAGCCUCCCUGAUGGCCGAACUACACCACCCCAAUAUCGUCUGCCUUCUGGGUGCUGUCACUCAGGAACAGCCUGUGUGUAUGCUUUUUGAGUAUAUGAAUCAGGGGGAUCUCCAUGAGUUCCUUAUCAUGCGCUCCCCACAUUCUGAUGUUGGCUGUAGCAGUGACGAAGACGGGACCGUAAAAUCCAGCCUGGAUCACGGAGAUUUUCUGCACAUAGCAAUUCAGAUCGCAGCCGGCAUGGAGUACCUGUCUAGUCACUUCUUUGUCCAUAAGGACCUUGCAGCUCGCAAUAUUUUAAUCGGAGAGCAACUUCAUGUAAAGAUUUCAGACCUUGGGCUUUCCAGAGAAAUCUACUCUGCCGAUUACUACAGGGUGCAGAGUAAGUCUUUGCUGCCCAUUCGCUGGAUGCCCCCUGAAGCCAUCAUGUAUGGCAAAUUCUCUUCUGAUUCAGAUAUCUGGUCCUUCGGGGUUGUCUUGUGGGAGAUCUUCAGUUUUGGACUGCAACCGUAUUAUGGAUUUAGUAACCAGGAAGUGAUCGAAAUGGUAAGGAAACGACAGCUGUUACCAUGCUCCGAAGAUUGCCCACCCAGAAUGUACAGCCUCAUGACAGAGUGCUGGAAUGAGAUUCCUUCCAGGAGACCAAGAUUUAAAGAUAUCCAUGUCCGGCUUCGGUCCUGGGAGGGACUCUCAAGUCACACCAGCUCCACUACUCCUUCAGGGGGAAAUGCUACCACACAGACAACCUCCCUUAGCGCCAGCCCAGUGAGUAAUCUCAGUAACCCCAGAUAUCCCAAUUAUAUGUUCCCGAGCCAGGGUAUUACACCACAGGGCCAGAUUGCUGGUUUCAUUGGCCCACCAAUACCUCAGAACCAGCGAUUUAUCCCCAUCAAUGGAUACCCAAUACCUCCUGGCUAUGCGGCAUUUCCAGCUACCCACUACCAACCGACAGGCCCUCCCAGAGUGAUUCAGCAUUGCCCGCCUCCCAAGAGUCGGUCCCCGAGCAGUGCCAGUGGGUCGACUAGCACUGGUCAUGUGACCAGCUUGCCCUCUUCAGGAUCUAAUCAGGAAGCAAACAUUCCCUUACUACCACACAUGUCGAUUCCAAAUCAUCCCAGUGGAAUGGGUAUCACCGUUUUUGGCAACAAGUCUCAAAAACCCUACAAAAUAGACUCAAAGCAACCGUCUUUGCUAGGAGACUCCAAUAUUCACGGACACACCGAAUCUAUGAUUUCUGCAGAACUGUAAAAUGCAUGACUUUUGUAAAUGUGGUAUACAGGAAAAACUAGAAAGCCGUAGAAAAGAUUUAAAUUCAAAUGUUUUUAUUAAAGUAAGGUUCUCACUUAGCAGACAUUGCAACAAGUAUCUUCUGUGAAGUUUAACUGUGUCUUACCAAGCAGGGCAGACAACCAGCCAGAAAAAGAAAACAUUGUGGGAUUAACACUCCAUCAGGGGUACACGACAUGGCAUUGGGAUUGGUACGUCUGGUUUCACGUACUAAAAACUGCAAACCAGUGAAGAAGAAAAGAAUCUCAUGAUUAAAUGUCAAACCAAAAAGGAAAGUCAAAUGGUGCUUUGUGUAUUUGCCUCCGUUCGCCAUGACUGGUCUCUCCCCAAAAUGUAUAUACCGUAGCAUUUGUCUACCUGCUGUCUUAUCUUCAGGACAAAUGUUCAGGAAUUGUGUUGAUUCAAUUUAGACUCUAUGCAUUCUUGUAUGAAAAUGAUCAGGAUCAAUGAGGAAACUGUAGGCAAAAUUUGAAAUCCCAGAUGGAAACGAGCCAUAAGACAAGUGUAAGAUCCCCUGAGGCCAUCUACACAGUGGGGCUUCUUUGGGAAGGUACAGAAUGUGCCUCUUUGUGAAUCUCCUCUGCUGAUCACGAAGGCCUUCUCCACAUUAUCGUUUUCCACAGUGUGUUUACACGAGCCCUUGAAAUAAUAUAGGGCAUCAGACCAUAAGAAGGCUAGACGUGGAUGUUGGAAUUGAUUGUUGGUUGAUAGUUCACUCCAUUGCAUUAGAAAUGAGGAACCAAAGGAAGCACAGUCAGGAAAAUGGUCCCUCGGCCUAGAUCAGCACCCCUGGGAGAGGAACAAGGUUUCCCAUGGGCAGCCUCACGGGAGCUUCCCUGGAACAAUAGGAUUGAAGAAUAGAGGUAUGGCUGCAGACCAGCACAUUAGUGCUUACAACCUCCUGAAUAUGAAUCUUCCUAGGUGUAGGGGGCCCACCAUCAAUGGACUCUGGGGAAGUAGGAAACUCUAUGACACCAAUACCUAGUUAAAGUUUCUCUCACCUUUAUUUUUUUUCUGAUCUGGAAAUGUUCAUAGAUUUUAUUCCAGCACCAGGAGUUACGACCAUUUAUUCAUAGCAUUAGUUGGAAUCCAAAGACUAUGAAUUCUAUUUUGUAAAACAUUACAGUAUUUUUUUUAAACACAGGUACUGAAUUCUCAUGUCAAAGAUAACCAUGAAUUGAAAUUUUGAAGCUGGUGAAUAGAAGAAACAUAAUCAUUUUUGCCUUAGGAGGGAGGCAUCAAAUGUGCAUUUCAUGCCACUUACCUACUAGCCAUCUUUUGCCAAGUUUAGAAUUCUUAUGGGUUUCAAGUUCUAUAUAGAAAGGAAUGUUAUGUUAGAUUUUUCUCUUGUUAAAAAAUAACUCCUUUAUUCUAAGAACAAUGUCUCAAGGUCUCAUUUUUUUAAUCAUUACUAUUUUACAACUAAAGAGACUUACAAAGAGACUUUACAGGAUAUAAAAUAAUUCCUGGAAAUGAUAUCUGAUGAGGAGAAUGUAAAGCACAUUGAUGUUUCAAUUUUGUAAAAAGAAAAAAAAUGCAAUUAGGAUGAGAAAUCAAGGAAAUCUGUUUACCAAAUGUGUUGCAAUUUUCCCAAACACUGAAUCUUCAAACAAUGAACAUGGACUUAUCGGUACUGUGAACUCAAAGAAUUGGCUAUAUCCAGUUUUGUUGAAAGAUAAAUUAAGAAAUAUUUUUGUGGCAUAAGUAAGCUGGUUCAAGAGCUACAUUUCUUAACUUUAGGUAGAGGAGAAAUUUGGAUCCUUUUGUUGCUAUGCAACUGUUUAAUGAUGAAGAUUCAAACCACAAUUUUGUAUAUCAUACGACAAUCAAUUGUUUUCCAAGGAUAUUUAUUAUUUUAAGUAAACAUGAUUUCAGUGAAUCUGAGUUUUUCUAGGAGUCCCUUAAAGGGAAAUUAGCAUUCCGUGAGCCAGUAAAAUACGUACUCUGGAAAAACAUUACUAUGGUAAAAAGUAAAUUCAAGUUAGUUUUUUAUAAAGAACUAUAACAUUUAUUUUAAACAUUUUAUACUUACUGAAGUCAUUAAGGUGAGCAAACCAAAUUUCAAAACCACUUGUAAUGUAUUUUGUGAUAGCACUGUGAUACUACAUAACACAGUCCCUUUUGUAUUAAAAUGGUAUUUUUUUCACAAACUGAAAAAUGUCCUUCGCUUUGUUGACAAUGUUUUGUAAGAUGACUUUAUUUUCAGAUUUUUUUCUUUUUUUUUCUUAUUUUUUUUUUUUUUUUUUUUUUUUUUUUUUUUUUGCACAAAACUAUGUUUAUGGUUUGUAUCACAGAAGUGAAAAUAUAUCUCUGCAUUUUUAUAUCCGGUCUGUUUCUUUGUUUCCUUUGUUUGUUUCUUUUUAACUCGAUAUAGAUUUCCUUCAAAUAUAUCAUGGCAAUAUUCAGAUAUCUUGCCCUCCCAUAUCUUUUCUUAUUUUCACUGCAUGCAUUUAAUCACUGUAUUACUUAAUGUUUGAUCUGUUAUUAUGGGCAUUUCAAGUAGACAAGCAUGGAUGUAAUGACAAAAAGGCUAUUUUAUAUUGAGGAUAUGUGCAUUUGUAUUUCACACACCAGCGAUGAUAUUAAACACUGAUUACUUUAUGCUGCUGUUUAUUAAAAAUGUUUACCAUAUAAUAUUAUUUCCUGAAUAUUGCUAUCCUGGAGGUAUUUGGGGAUUUUAAUAUUAUUUCUCUAAUUAUUGACAUUUCAUAGAAAAAGGAAUCAUAAUUCUUAUUUACUAUAAUUCCUAUUUCAUUGAAAUGAUUUUUUUUUUAAGUAGGCUUUUAAAAUAGAUUUGGGCAUUCUUUUGCCACUGACCACAGGUGGAAGGGAAAAGAUCCCAAUGAUUUCAUGACCAUAUACUAUCCAACUAUAUAUGGCAAGCUUUUAGUUUUUAAAAUCAAAAUAAUAUAUUGAAUAAUUACCUUACAACCAAAUGGAAUGUAAAAAUUGGUUUUCAAAGUUGCAUCCUUUUCCGCCUUGUUUCCGUGUGAACUUAGACAUCAAAAAUCAUGUCUUCAAACUCUGAAGAAGAAAAAGCUGUGUACAUCUUAUCAUGUUCAACUUAGAUUCCAAUCAUACUGAUAAAAUAAAAAGAAAUGUGGCCAUUUAA